CUAUCAAAACACUAUUUCGCGCAAUAUAUAUUUUGUUACACUAUUACAAAUUUAUCUCUUAAAAAAAAUGCAACUUUUUACAUAAACCGUGACAAUCACAUCAAUUGUUUUAUAUGAACGCGAUUAGCGCAUCCGUAACAGUUCAUGUGAUAUUUUUCAACUGUCGGGAAAGUUUUUUUUGCGCUCGGUUGAGCAGAAAAAAAUCGUGAAAAUCAUAAACGAUCGCGCGCAACAUGUGAUUGUGUUCUGCGGAACGCGACCGAUGCCUGCUUCGCCGUUGUCCGAACUAUCAAUUUAAUUCGAUUACUUCCAAGGGAGCGAGCAACUAUCGCGAGCCGCACGACGUGCGUUCUCUAAUCAGCCAUCAAUAUUUCACAGCCACAUGAGAACUCUCUGUCACAUCACUUAAGGGAGGACAGCGAAUAAACUACCUUCACCAGGAUGUGAGUUAAAAUUCCGUUCCUUCUCAAAUGGCGUUCGAAUUGGCGAAUUAUCGACCUCACGUGCACAAUCGUCGUUUCGUUUUUCCGCGAAGUGUGAUUUGCCAAAUCGCACCGUUCCGGAAGCGCAGAUUCGAACUUGUUCCCGUUCAUUUUUUGCGUGCUCGCACGCAACUCUGCGAGCGAGCAAUAUAAUAUCGCGCGUUGCUUGUUUCCUCAAUUUCCCCAGCAAUAUUGCAUGUUGCGUCUUCCCGUUGCAAAUUUCUCUCGUUAUCUUUCUAUUUCCGCUUCGAUUUCGGUCGAUCGCGAACUACCAGAUGCGCGGGAAACAAGCGGCUGGCGACGCUUCGUUGCUUCAGCGUUAUCGCGCUUACACCCGUCGAGUUCACCGUAUGCUCCACAUCGGCGGUGUUCUGCAAUCCCGUAAACGUCCCGUGAUCAACUCGUACAUCUCGGGUUUUUUUGUAAUCUUCACGUGCUUCAGCCAGUCCGUCUUCAUCUUGAACUUCUGUCGCGAUCAUACCGACAAUCUGGUGCUUCUGUCCAAAUGCCUCGGUCUGUUCAGCAGCAUCAUCACGCCCGCCCUGAUGGCCGCCUGCUUCUUGGUGAAACGCCAGAAGCUGAUUGAACUUCACGAGACGCUGAACGACCUCGUCGAACGGGAACUGAUGACGCGCGAUCGGGAAUGCAGAGCGAUUAUGUUCGCCAGCUUGACCAAGUUCGACAGACUGUCUUUCAUCUUGUCCUCCCUUUUGGCGUCGGCAACCGUGUUCUUUGUUCUGCCUUCUUUGAUCAACGUAGCUCGUCAGAUCGUACAUCACACCGAGCCCAAGAGGUACAGACUGCCAAUGCCGUCGAAAUUCCCGUGGUCCGUCCCGACCGACGGCGGCUUCGUCUUUUACCUGCAUCUUGCGUAUCAAUGCGUCACGUUCUGGUGGGUGAUGUUCACUAUCGGCAGCGUCGACGCUCUCUUCGGAUUCUACGCGUUUCAGAUCUCCUCCAUGCUGCGCGCCAUGCGCCACAAUCUGACGAACCCGCGACCGAAGGACGUGUUCGCGAACGUUCUGAGAGAGUGUGUGCAAACGCACCGUCAGAUAGUCAAGUGCAGCCGCAUACUGGAGGACGUCUGGGGGCUGAUUAUUCUUCGGAUGGUCAUCGCCAACGCCGUGCUACUGUGCACUCUGAUCUUCGAGGCGAUGCUUACGGAGAUGACGGUCAGUCGUGUCUUUCUGUUCGCGUCUUACAUAGGACUGAAGCUAGUGCAGACGUUCACCUAUGCGUGGUUCGGCAGCUUCGUCACAAGCGCGAGCGAGCAUUUUCGUGAGGGAAUAUAUUUCAGCGAGUGGCUGAACGUCAGUCUCGAUCGUCACGUAAGAACGAACGUUAUCGUAACGAUGAUGCAGAAGCCGAUAACGUUAAAGGCGUUAAAAUUAUCGUCAGUGAACGUCAACAUGUUCACCAACAUGAUGAAUACCGCCAUGUCUUAUUUUUUCCUCUUGCAAUCUCUGGAUGAGCGUCAGUGAGGAUGAGAGUUGCGAACGGAUUAUUUUCUAAAGAUUGCAUAUAAUAAUUAGUGUAAAUAAAAUAUAGCAACCACUACCUAUAUAGAAUUGUUACAAAACUUAAGAGCGA